AUGGUCCUCUUCUCGGCCGCCUGCGAGAAAUUCGGUCUGGUCAUCAACACGCAGAAGACUGUGGUGAUGCAUCAACCACCGCCACCCAACAGAGCCAAUCGUCCCCAAAACGCGUCGCUGACGCCUCCGCCGACGCCUCCGCGGCCGCCGCAAAUCUGCGUGAACGGAACCCAACUGCAAGUGGUGGAGAACUACCCGUACCUGGGCAGUACCCUCUCCCGUAACACCAAAAUCGAUGACGAAGUCGCUCGCAGGAUUUCGAAACCCGGUCAAGCCUUCGGUCGACUUCAAAGCACAGUUUGGUAUCAUCAUGGUCUGCAACUGAGCACAAAGCUGAAGAUGUACAAGGCCGUCACCUACCGACGCUACUGUAUGGCGCGGAGACCUGGACGGUGUACACAAAGCAGGCGCGCCGUCUGAACCACUUCCACCUCAGAUGUCUUCGUCGCAUCCUGAGGCUGAACUGGCAGGAUCGCAUCCCCGACACUGAUGUGCUCGAACGGACGGGAAUCCUCAGCAUAAACACCAUGCUGAGACAAAUGCAGCUGCGCUGGAGCGGCCACAUGGUGCGCAUAGACGACGAGCGGCUACCGAAGCGACUCUUCUACGGAGACGUCGCGACGGUUUUUGCCGCCAAGGAGGCCAAAUUCGCCGAUACAAGGAUACACUGA